CACGCACGCACGCACACACACACACACACACACCUCUCUAUCUCUCUCUCUCUGGAUCCGCCACUGACCUGUGUAACCUGUGCUGACUUAACCCUGAAGCAACUACUGAAUAAGAAGCUAUAUAAAGCUACCAGAGCAAUGGGGAUUGACACAUAUUUCUUUGUAAAGACACAAACAUUGUCAGUCGAUACUCUUCAGGUACACAUUUCUAGGUCAGUCGUCAUGGGCAUUUCCUAGACGGGCCAAAAAUAAAUCUGUGUCACUGUUUAGUUUGACAAACUUGUUUUGACUUGCUUUGUUACACUGGUAUUUAAUUUAAACAUUGAAUGAUGUACCAGAUAUUUUAGUAUCACUUUUGUUAUGUCAUGACAUGUCAAUUUUAUUGGUGUGUGAUAUAAAAUGUAUAAUAAAAUAUGUAAUAACAGCAAUAAUGACCUUUGUUUAUGCAACGUUGCACGGUCUGUUUCCACUUCCUUGAAGUUGUAAAGUAGGUGAGGUGGAGAGAGGGUCGUAUACCAUACCUUGAGUGAAACAUGGCUGACGAUUCUAGGGAUCCUGAUGAAAAGGAUUUUGGUCUCAGCAGCAUUAAAAGAAUAAAUGAGUUCUUGAAGAGCUGUGUAUCAGACACCUUGACGUCCGGAGUGGAAGAUGAGAAGGAAAUGGACAGUAGAGACCAGUACAACUUUGGACACUCACAGCGAGGCGUGGCUCUGAUUGUGUGCAAUGAGAAGUUUCAUCAUAUGCAAUCCAGGGCUGGAGCAGAUCUCGAUGCAGAAAGUUUUUAUAAAACCUUUCGGAAACUUGGAUUCGAGGACAUUCGCACCCGAUACAAUAUGACCGAUAUGGAAAUGAGAGACUGGUUCACUGCAGUAUCUCAAGAAGAUCACAGUCAGCGUGACUGUCUGGCUGUUGCUAUUACCUCCCAUGGAGAGAAGUACACACAAGUUGAUCCCAGGAGGUACAAUGUCGCCAUUGAUCGAGAUACCAUCCUCGGCUCACAGGGGUCAGUUUACACAGAAGAGCUGGUGGAGAAGUUCUCUGAUCGAAACUGUCGAUCUUUAAAAGGGAAACCAAGAAUAUUUCUUUUACAAGCCUGCAGAGGUGAGAUGCUGGACCAAGGUGUAACUGUAACAGAAGACAUGGAUGUGGUCGAUGCAUUGACUGAACCAGAGUACACCAUCUCCCCCACUCCCUGCUUCAAGGACUUCUGUAUUGUGUAUGCCACCCCUCCAGGUUUCUACGCAUUUCGCCGUCCGACCUCAGGUUCCUGGUUUGUGACAGGUUUGCGAGAUGUCAUUGAGAACUCUGAUCUGACAAAAUGCAACUUUCUCCAGCUGAUGACCAAGGUCAUCAACCGGGUGGCUCGAGAGUUUGAAUCUCACUCACCACAACAGGCCAUUGACGGCAAGAAACAGUCAGGUUGCAUCUACUCCAUGCUCACAAAAGACGUGUAUUUUUCUCCCAAACCUUCAGGAGAGGAGCCGCUGUAGGCAACAUGAAUCACCACUACCAUGGUAACAGCUGUAACAGCUUAUAUAUAUAGAUAUGUGCUACAUAUCUAUUAAUGUAAUUAUUUUAAUUAAUUUUUCAUAUUGUUCCCUCCAUUGUUAUAUUGUUUGUUUAUUGCUAACAUCAACAAACAUGCUAAUGCUUACUACUGUAUUUCAACGUAGUUGAGGCUGGCCAAGGAUUAGGGAUUCCCUGUAGUGGGUAUUCAUGACUCAAGCUUGAUUUACACCAUCCCUUCAAAUGGGCGAUUAUGACAAACUGAACCAAGCAUUAAAAGGACACAUAUUCUACAAUAAAAAAAUGUAAGAUUAAAUAUACUUUGAAUGUUAACAUAGGCUUCUCAGGACAGCAAUGAUUUAACAGUACUUUAACCCCCUUUGAAAAUACAACCAUGUACAAUAUCAGUUACUUAUUUUAAUCUACCAAUAUUAAAAAAUGAUAGGUCUAUUUACAAAACAUAUUGAUGUAAUAUUUUUCGAAUAAACCAUUUCUUUUACAAAAUACAAUUAUGAAGUAAUAAUUAACAUUAAUUAAAAGAUCCUUCACUGGUUUUACACUGAAAUCUUGAUCCCUUGUGUUGGGAAAAUCAAUAUCAAGUGGUUAGGUUACAUGACUAGGUAGAUUGCUUGUGACUGUUCAAUGCUCAUGAUGUCAAUCAGUGGAUUAUCUGGUCAAGACUUGAUUAUUUACAGAUUUAUGUAACAUAACUGGAAUAUUGCUGAGAACAACAUUAAAAAACAAAACAAACGAGUUAAGAGUGGUAGCAAGAUUUAUGACUCAGUUGGGACAAAACUGGCCCAGUGGUCUAAGGUGUUGUACUUUGAAACAUUGUUGUUUUCAUUGAUAUAUUGAUAUAUUAUAUAAUGUAUGGGUAUUGUUAUUGAUGCAUUUUUGUGAAGCUGCUGCAGCCGAUGAUAUAAUAUUUUUCAAGAUUUUAUAUUAUCAUGAGAUGGACUAUGAAUAAAUCAGUGUGCGUGUG